UUCAAUUUUAUUGACUAUACUAUUCAAUCAAUAUAAAAUAUCGAUAACUAGAAUCUUUUCUAGCAUAUGUGUGUGUCAUGAAUUUCGAAAUGAUUAUUUAUCAUUCUAUAUGAUUACGGGAAUACAAAGCUACCAUAUAAAUUCAGUUUAAUUCAAUCCGUCAAUCAUAUUGGGAAAAAAACAAAAUAUUCAAAACAAAUUCGAGUGAAAAAAAAACAUCAUAAUGGCACAACGAACACGUUUAUGUGUUACAUUCGAAAUGGAUCAUCAUAAUCAAGAGGAUGUUACAAUUCUCGAUAUGGAUAAUAAUGAUCGCCGUUAUUCAUAUACGACAACGACAAAUUCUAAUCAAUCUAGUGUUGAUCGACUUUGUCUACAGGAUACGAAUGUUCAAGAAGCCAAUCGACGAUAUUCGUCCGAAUUAGGACGUAGUAUUAAAUCAACAUCAAUAUUACCAAAAGUUUCGCGUGCCAAAUCAGAUAUUAUACUCAAUUCGAUUGGAUCAAUUUCUAUCGAUAAAGAUGGCCAAAACAAUGUUGAUGAUACAACAAGUAAUCAUUUGGAUGAUAAAAAAAAGUUUGAAAAUAAACGUACAAAUGCCACAAUGAAAAAAUUGGCUGGAUAUAUAAAUGUCAAACCAAGAUUGAAAUAUAAGGAACAUGAUUAUCAACGAAUAACGUAUGUACUGAAUAUGAAACCAACAAAAUGUCGUAUUUGUUCCGAUAAUAUUUAUUUCUAUUGCUAUGAAUGUGUACAGUGCAAGUUGGCCGGACAUAAAAAAUGUUUACAAAAUUUAUAUGUAACAUGUCCAAAUAAAGUGAUGCCACCACGAUUGGCUGUGUUCGGUUUAGAAAUAUCUGAUAAUAAUCAAAUAUCUGAUGUAUUACAUACAUGCAUUAUUGAGAUUGAAAAAAGGCCUAUACAUCAAUUACGUGGCAUAUAUAAAUUGGAUGGCGAUUCAACCAAUAUCGAAAAAUUGUGCCUAAGUUUUGAAUUUGGUUCACAUCUUAUUGAUAUUAGCCAGAUUAGUCCUCAUGAUAUUGCCGGUGUUGUUAAACAUUAUCUUCUUUGUAUAUCAACACCAAUAUUCAAUAAAAACAUUCAAAAAGAAUUAAUUACAAUCGGUAGUGAAUGGCCAGUAAGAAAAGUUCCAUAUACACAAUCUGGUAUUGCUAUUUUGGUAUUUGAAUUACGACGAUUAGUUGGAUGUCUAACAGCAACAUAUCGAAACAAUUUAGCCUAUAUAAUCUAUCAUUUAAAACGUAUAGUUGAUCGUCAACAUAUAACGGAAAUGACAGCCAAUUCAUUAGCAAUCGUAUUUGCUCCAAUAAUUUUUCGUGAUGAAAGAAACAUUCAACAUGAAUACAAAACUGGCAACAAUGACAACGACAACAACAACAACAAUAAUAAUGAUAGAAUAAAAGGAAAUUCUCUAUCAUCAUCAUCAUCAUCAUUGAUGAAAAAUGGCCUUAGCAAUAAUCAUAAUAAUAUUGGUACAAUGCAUAUAUUAUUAGAUGUUCAUCUAAAAAUUCGUGUAAUUGAAUUGAUGAUAUGUUAUGCAAAUGAUAUAUUUGCUAAUUUAGAUUGAUGAUGAUAUAGAAAAAUAUAAAAAAAAAACACAUGUGUAAUGAUUGGAAUACAUGAUUAUCAUCAAUGGCUCCAUCCAUUUAUUUUUAAAAGAACAGAUAAAAGAAAAUACCAGUUUUGACUUCGAAUUGAGCACAUAACAAAAAAUUAAAUUGUUUGUCUUGUGUCUGUCUGAAUUCCAAAUGUUUUUA